UGCACAAUUAUAGAACAAGUAAUUUUCUGUGAUAUCCAGUGAUGCACUCUUCGUGACAACUCUCCCAUGACCUACAAAUAGAUAUAUUUCUGUGGUGUGUUAUUGCCGUUGUUUUCAAAUGUGACAUCAUGAUAAUGCCCUGAAAACAAUAAAGUGGUAUCGAAAGAAAUUUUUGCCCCAAUAUUUUUAUGUAAAUUAUGUGUAAAAUUGUUGAUUAUUUCACACAAUAAAGUGCAAUGGCUACUCUGGAGAAACCCAAGACAAAGAAGAAAAGGAAGACCAGGAGUUCAGGAGAAUCCGUGGGAAGAGUUGAGACGCGAAUUGCUGAUGUUGAACUGCUUGAGGAUCAAGUUGAGGAUCCUGAGGAGCUCGAGGUAGCUCCGAUAGUGGAAGAAGUUCAAGGGAUUGCAGAGGAAUGUCAUCAUCCCACAGCCUUGGCAACAGAACCAACCACACAAAAACAAGAGAAUGAAGUGGCAAAAACUCAGGAACGCCCUUUGGCUCCUCCAGCUGAAGAAGAAGCCCCGGAAGAAGUCAUCGUCACACCUUCAGCUCCUCCUCUGGAAGUCGAGGAAGUGCCUCAAGUGCCAAUCCUCAGGGAAACAUCUACACAACUCUAUCCAACACUGGAAAAGCUUAAACAGGAUGCAAUUCCCUUUAUGAGGACACAAGAUGUCCAGGGAUUGGAAAUCAACAUUGAACCAUUUACAAUUGCUCAACUACGAGAACUCUACUCGAACAAUCUUCUCUGCUUCGCCAAGGAUCUCGAGAAGGAGUUUAUAGAGACUGAAUUGAAUCCCAGCUUCCUCAGGAACGAUGAUUUUCUAUUUCACUGCCUCCAGGAAUAUAUGCAGGCGUUAGCUGAGCGAAGAUGUCUGGAGAUUGAGGCUGAGAGACUCAAGGAAAUUUGCAAAGGGAACCAAGAGAAGCUCUGGAGUAUCAUUAAUGUGAACCAAAGAUUCUCCGGGACGUGCAGUGAUGGGAAUCGCGUGUCUACCACAGUGUCGUUUAAGAAAGCUAUCUUCAAUGAUAACGUUUUGGAGCUCGUGUUUGGAAACUUGUCUGAAAUUCGCACUGCUUGCUGUGAUAAAUUUGUGAAUUGUGCCACUCUCGGUGCUCUGUUCAAGAUGAUGAUCGACGAGGAGAUCGUGAGAAUUCAGAACCAACACAGCUCAGCUGCUGGACAGGAGUUUGUGAGCGGAUCUGAUGAUCUUCGACGAAGCAUUUCUGUGCUUUUCUUCUUCCUGCGAAAGCCCAGCGUGGACAAGAUCUUCACGAGUAAUGUGAAAAAGUGGCUGACAAUUGUCGUGAAUCUGCUUCUGGAAGUGGCAACAUGGCCAGAUCACAUGUUCAUCCUUCAUCACGUCCUGCGAUGUCCGCCAGGCGUUGUUUCCUGGGCAGCGCCGAUGAUUCAAGUCCCUGCGAGUGGCUUUUCGACGGAAUCCCUCGAGAAUCAUGUCUGCAUUCAGCACAGUCUCACAAUCCUGCAGGCGAUUCUCCUGCCAGUGACGAAACGGCUAGAGUUCCUCAGUGAGAUCCUCUGCUGGUCGAGAAUGGACAAGAAUGUCUCUGGCGGCGAUGAGUGGUCGUUUGUGGACUCCGAUGGGGAGGAAGAUGUGGAUUUGCUGGUGCUGAGAGAAAGUGAUCUCGUGGCGAUAUUCAAUCAAAUCCCGUGGCGGGAAAUCUUCAGUCUGGCCACGAAGAUGGAACCUCAAGCGGAGGGAUAUAUAAUCCGCAAGGAGGCAAUCACUGCCCGGACGGUGCUUCAGUUCUUCGCCUUCGCCAGCUUUCUCGUGGAAACCCUGGGAAUUGGAUUGUGCACGUACAACACGGAGAAGUAUCGGCAAUUUACAAAGAGACUCGCUCGGCUUGUGGCUCAGUGUGUUCAGUAUGCAUCGAGUGUCUACAAUGUCUUCCAAGGAGCGACAGUAGUGAAUGACGUAAUGAUCAGGGCGAGAAUUCAGACGGAAUUCGAGCAGCUCCUCGUGCGCUCUGUCGAUCAUAUCUACUUAUCUCGCACAGCUGGAGCGUGGCAAUAUCUCGUUGGGCUGCCUUUCGAUCAGUUGACACCACAAUGCAUUGGGAAUCUGUAUCAGAAGAUCCGCGCGCCACACUUUGGAGAUUCGCCAGCCGAGGAGACAAUUGAGGCGAGGAAUCGCGAAGCGGAUUACAGUAUUGUGGAGGUAUUCGAGGCGAAUGACGUGUCUCAGGAGGAUCUUCACUAUCUCUUGCAGACUCUGGCCAACAUGGCCAGUGUUAAUGUAGUUCUUCGACAGAGCAUUGUGUCCGAUUUCCUCGAGAUAGGCUUUCUGCGAGGCUCAACGAAGCACGAUUGCAGCAAAAUAGCCAGAGAUUUGAUAGCAAAUCUGGCGGAAGAGUGUCCGGAGCUCAUCAGCGACAUCAUUCUUCAAUUCGAGGGCAACAGUUUGGAGGGAAGUUCCUACGGAACGUAUCUUCUGAAGCGUCUGCCGCUGCAAAAGUGGAGACCAGGUCCGGGUGUGCUUGACACACUCGAGAAGUGGCUCCUUGAGAGUUCCCUGGAAUCGGCAGAGAACGGAAUGGCGAGGAUUAUCAUCAACAACAUCAAUUGGGGAUACCUACCAGACGGCCGAUUGUUCCUUCACGCGGCUUUGCACACGAGAAUUGCACUGAUUAUCUUCCGGGCGGCCGUGAAGAAUUCCUCCAGCUCAUCGAAUUUUAUUGCUGAGAAUGUGAAGAGUCUCGUGAUGGACAAAACCACGGCAUUGAACUUCCAAACGUGGUGCUGGAAAAUGAUUUCAGUUCUCAAGCUUCACGCCAUCGAUCGAGAAACUCCGUGGCAAGUGAUUUGCACACCUGAAGCUGUUCUUUCCGAGAUUCCAGAGCUUGAGGAUUUGGCUGAUGUGUGCAAGGGUAUCAAAGAGAAUCGACAUCUGGCCAUUUAUUUGUCGAUUCUGCUCACUCAGCGCGGACACUCCAUUCCGCAGAUUUGCACGUACAGCUUCAGAAAUAUGGAAGUACUGUUCAAGAGUGAUGACCAAGUGACUGCCUUGAGGUGCCUUCAAAUUGUCUUCCCACUCUUUCUCGCCUGUCCUGAGAGUCUAUCGAAGAACACCGCCUUCAAUUCACUUCUGCAUCACAUCUUCUCUGUGGACAACUCCUACGCACGGAUGACCAUUGAUAUGGUGUUCAGCAAGAGUGUGUGUGCGAUUAUUGAAUUGUUUGGGAAAAUGAUAUUGUCACAGUUCAUGGAAUAUCAGCGCUACGGACUUCGCUCACCGACUGCUAUCAUCCUCUUGUGGCUGCAAUGUCUCACGAGGUACAAAGACUUCAAGAGCAACUGGAAUGCGCUCUACAUUCUGGAUGUAAUCCUGGAAUUUGCCUUUACCGUCCCUGAAGCUUGGUUUGAGGCCAGGCAGCUCUUCGCCAGUCUCACAAUGGAGACCAAAAUAACAGCAACUCCAGCGAAAUCCAUGUCAUCAUUCCUCUCUAAGUCAACAUCAAUUGGGUUGAUUCCGAACCUCCCAGUUACGACAAUCUGGUUGGGAUUACUCGUAUUCGACGUGCAGUUCGAUGUUUUCGAGGCUGAAACUGGCUUCUGGCAAGAAUUCGUUCUGCAGCUCUCUUUGCAGUCGUCAGCGGAGAGAAAUCUGGACAGUCUCGUAAGGAAAGUGGCCAGUUCUGUGGGAAGUCAGCACAGUCAAUCAUCAGAUUUGGUCUUCUGCAAGUUAGCCAACUUGAUCAUCUCCUGUCCAACGAGUCAUACGAUGCUUGUGAUCCUGUGCCAAAGAUUCUUUGCUCUCUACCUCACGAAGGUGUCCAGUAGUCAGGGACACGUGAGAGAUAGACUCUAUUACGCCAAUGAGAUGAUCAUGAAGCGCGUUCGUGGUCAGUUGGAACAUGCUCAGGUUUAUCAUGAGCAAUUGGCGGAUAGCGAGGGAGAAUUCGAUGAAGUUCUCCACAGAUUCCAUGGCAGUGUAGCUGAGAUGUUUAGGACAUAUCAGAAGUGGCUCGAAGGAAAGGACAUCACACAAGAUUCGAGAGUGAGACGACUAUUGUUUUCACGACAGGAUUGGACGGAGUUCAUCAACAUGAGUUCAAUUCUGUCUGUGCAGAAACAAAACUACGAAGAGUGGAAUGCAAAGAUUGGAAGACAGAUUCCACGGUGUUCUGUAACUGUGCCGAAGUCAGAUUCGAGGGAUUUUACGCAGAAGAUUGAAAAGCAACUGAUGUCUUAUGACACUCCUGUUCCGAGAAGAUCGCAGGAAUUAGUAAAAUCUGUUAUUAAUGUGUCUUCUGCGCGUGAAUACUUGCAAAGCUCAAUGUUUUCAUCGAGUCAGUUCAAGAGUGAUUUCAAUCUGAUGGAGAAGUACGCUAAAACCUAUGCAACGGACAUUAAGGAAUUGUGUCAGCUGGACACGGUGUUUGGAAGGUUGGUAAAGGGAAAACUGGUGAACGAACAGGUGGUGUACUAUCGCUCUCAGACAUGUAGCAAUCUUCUGGGAAACAAGGACUGCUCAGGAUCUGCAAGCAUUCGGAUAACUGAGAACCGAGUAAAUGUUGUAGCUGACGUUGAGAGAAAGAUCGCCAGCAAUCGAGAAAAGAGUGAGAGUCUUAUGAACACAAUGAGAAAGCCUCUUCAAGAUGAUGUGUUGCGAGCUUUGCUGCGAAUGGAACAAACCCUCAGAAAGCUUAUGGAAAAGUCCAGACACGUGAAGUGCACCGAAUCAUGUAAAAUCGCCUUUGAGAUCUUGUAUAAGACACUGCGAUCCUCAUCGGACUUCUUAACUCUCUAUCCGCCCACGAAAUCACUCACUCAGUCUGUGGUGAAGAGUCUGGCGCACUUCAUGAGUGAACAUCUGCAGCAAGAAGGCCAGAGAUUGGUGGAAAUCAUGCUGAAGGGAGCAUUCUAUGCUGACCUGUUGAUGGAUCUUUUUACACCGGAAAAGCUUCCUACGCGAGAAUUUCUCACCAUCUAUGAAAUCACAAUUGCAUCGUUUGGCAAUUGGAAUGACCAGGAGAUUAUUGCGAUGAUUCUGGGGAGGAUUUCAGUGGCGGAUUGGCUACAGAUGCAGGAGCCGCACUCUUCUGCCAGGGAAGGCUUGAUGCAGCUCAUCCUGCGAGGACUGAAAGUGGGGAAUCACAGAAAUUCAGUGGUGAAUGAUCAGAUUCUUCGGUCUCAUCUGAUCCAGUUGUUUCGUCAUCACUUCCCGCAAUCAUACAACAGUGUGCUGAAGAGUCUCUUUGAGGGAUUCACGAAACUUGGCAUUACAGCUGACGUUCUCAUGGAUCUCAUGAGUGUUCUCUGCAAUAUUGCUGGAUUGGGUGUGAUUAAACCGAGCGCCAGUGGCUCUGAAAUCCUCGAGAUGCUGGAGAGAUUCUCCAGGGAGCAGAAGAUCCUGAGUCAAGUUGAUCUGAUGGAGACAAUUCACUGGCUUAGUGCGUUCUUCAAGGAGGAGCGCAAAAAAGUGGGCAUCUACGGACUCUUCACGACAUUCAAGGACUUGUACAGAGUCUUCAAUGUCUUCAUGAGCACUGUGCUGCAGGCAGCAACACUGGCCACAGUUCAGGCUUUUCCGGGCGCCACUGCUGAUCAGUAUAGUGAGUGGAUUUGGCCGUGCAUUCGUGAUGUCUACGAGAUGUGGCUCAUUCCAAUAGUUCUGGAUGGUGGGAAAGCCGAGUCUUCGACGAAUUGGCUGAAGAAUCAAGUGGAUGUGGUGAAUCCGGUACUUCUGCCAUGGAGUGAUUCGACAAAAGUGGGUCCUGAUGAAGUUCUUGAUGGAUUCACGAGAUGCACAAUCUUUGCACUAAGUUCAAUUCCUGGAAGUAAUUCUAUGCUUGAGCAUAUUUUCAUGUGGUAUGAAAAGAAUUUCACCAACGCUCUGAUUCCAUCGUUCAUCACGCUGGCCAUUCAUGGCGCUCUGAAGAAACUUCCUUGGGGAAACUAUGAUCCGAGUGUGGAAGUCUUGACUAUGUCUUCGAGGAUUUUCAGCCAAAAGCGCUCGGAAGCAAGUAUGAUCUUCGUUUCUGAGACAUUGAUGCAAGUGUCAUGGACCUCGUGGCUGCAGAAGCAUCAACCAGCGUGGAAUUAUGUGGAGAGAGUCCAGACAAUAUCUCUGCUGUUCUCGCUGUUUGUCUCCAUGGCAGCGUAUUGUCAGCGGAUGACUUCACUGCUCCAGGAAGUCGAAGCGACCUUUCCAUGGGAUUUGGUUGAGAAUUCUGCAUACAGUGAUACACUGGGAGUGUUUUCCUUGGCUGCAGGAUCGACUUGGUGUGUUAAAUUGGCAGCAAAUCUUCCUACAGGAUCUUUGGAGAAGGCAGUUUGGAAUCUUCUAAGGAGAGUCUCACGGAUUGACCUUUCCGGGGAGGAAGCGAAGUCAACUAAAGCAGCAGGGAAGCGAUUGGUUUAUGUGAAGACAAUCCUACAAUUUUUGGUGAUGUCUGUCAACAAUAACAAGGAAUUUUUCACCUCGAAUGAUGGCCAGAAGAUUUUCCAGGGGAUUUUCUCUGAACUGCUAAAGGAUGUCCAGAAGAUCUUGGAAAAGGAGGAAGAUUUCCCGAAGGAGGGACUCAAUGUUCUCGUGGAGAUGGUCAGAAAUAUUCCCCAGGAAGCUGAAUCUUCAGCAAGUAAACUCGUGAUGGCGGGAUUCGCAUCAUGGCAGAUCAACAAUUCUUCCGCUGGACCGUCCCUUUUGCAUGCCAUUUCCAUGAGUAGGAAAGCCUCGGAGCCACUUAGUUCAUUGCUAGAGGUGACAAUUGAAGGGUGCUUUAGAAACUCCUCAGUAGAAAUGAAUACUGGAUGGAAAUUUGUCCAGGAAACCAUGUGGAGUUACAUGGCAAUGAUGCGACCGGCAUUGAUUGGUCAGGAGGCUCUGCACUGUCUUCAUCUCUAUGCCUCUAUGACGUUCAGGAGUGAGAGAGAUGCGAGGAAGAGACUCACUCUCAUGGGUGUUGUCUUUGAGAGGCUGAACGGUGCCAGAGUGACGGAGGAGAAUGAACUGAAAGUUGUGCUCUUGUGGGGCUUUCUCUGCUGCGUGAGCUUCAGGGAGUGCGAUCAGUCGCCGGAGAACUCUGUGUUCCUUGUGCACGUGACAAGGAGGCUGAUCCACAUGGCCAAUGAGCCAGAUGACUGGGGCAAGAGUGUGCUGAACGCCAUCGGCAUCACGCGGCUGAAGAGAUCCAAAGUGCUGUGGAAGUGUCUGGCGUGCCACAUGGCAGAACUGCUCAAGGUGAUCAGCAUCGAGUGUGAUUUCGAACGAGAGCGCUGCGCCCUCAAUGUCGAGCUACAGUCCAAGCAAUUCAAUCCAUACCGGGAGGCCAUUUCGGAGAUCAAUCUUCAGAGCUGCGGAGAUUUGAGUCAUCUGGCGAGCAAUAUUGCGUCACUUCUGCGUAGAUUCUAUGACACAGACGGUGUUCUGCAGGAGGUGGAGACGAUGUGGAGUUAGAUUCAUUCCUAGAGAGGGCUUUAUGAAUAAAAGUCUGGCAGAGUGUUUUU